AUGAGUAUCGAAAUCUCUGGACCACCGCUCGUCUCGCCAUGGAUGAUGUUAACGAUGUCAGAUGCCCGAAACGAUAUUGACAAAGAUAAAAUAGUAAUUCCCGGACAAGCGGUUUGCGAUGCUCCACAACAGUUUAUGAGAGGACACGGAACGUACAUUCGAGAUGGAGAAAUCGUCAGUUCUCUCUCCGGAGUCGUUCAACAACUGAAUCGCCUUCUGAUGGUGAAAACAAUCAAACAGAGAUACGCUGGAGAAGUUGGAGAUGUUGUUGUUGCUCGAGUAGUUGAAGUUCAAGCGAAACGUUGGAAGUGUGAUGUUUCAUCUCGACUCCACGCUAAUCUUCCUCUCGGUUCCGUUCUCCUUCCCGGUGGUGAUUUUCGACGAAAAGAUGUCGAAGAUGAAGAGAAAAUGAGCGAAUUUCUGAAAAACGGAGAACUCAUAUGUGCAGAAGUGCAACAAGUUCAACAUGACGGAACCCUAAUGUUACACACGAGAAACAACAAAUACGGAAAACUACAACAGGGUCUUCUCAUUAAAGUUCCUCCACAUUUGAUCAAAAAGUCAAAAAAGCAUUUUCACACGCUACCGUAUGGAAUGGCUGUCAUCAUCGGUUGCAAUGGAAAUGUGUGGGUGACACCUGCGCUGCCGGAGACAACAGUGGAAGAAGACGGAUCUCACGUUCACGAGUUUCAGAUUGUUCCUCAAGACAUCCGACUUGUUAUGAUUCGAGUAGCUGCUUGCAUUCGUCUCCUCCGUGAUUAUUCCAUUUCGAUCUUCUUGAACUCUCUUACAACUUGUUAUGAAAUGAGCCAACCUUAUGAUAUAAAGGAACUGUCAGAGCAAGAGACAUCUUCACGACUUGCCUACCUCAUAGCCGCGCGUCUCCUGCAGGAACUUCAACAACAAAAAUAA